UAAUAGCACUGCUCCUGUUCAAAGAUGUGUGACUGCGCUCUUCAGUGCAUUCAGACGUUCUAAUUAUCCACCAUCGUCCUGAUGGAUCCCCAAGCUGAUUCUGGGCUACUUUUUGUCCCUUGGAGAGACAGCUAGAAGAGAGAGUAUGGGAAGGAGAUAUUUAUAGAGAAAUGGGGCCUCUCUUUACCCUUUUUGGAGAGCGAAUCAUUAUCUGUGCUAGGUGUCCCAGUUUCUUGAUUUGAGCUCUGCAGGCAGGACUAGCAAGACUCGCCAGAGAUGCAGAGUCAACUCGUCGACAGCAUCACUCUGGCACUCGAUGCAGUGUCACCCUUUUUUUAAGUGGCAGUGCUCUGCAUGCCACACGACGAUGGGGGGCAUUCGAAAGGCGUUUCCCCUGAAGCGUGGUGCGGUGCAGUAAGAGGAUCUCGUACAACGUGGAGGACGUGGAACAGGCGUUUUGCUCUCAGAAUUUUUUGAUACCUGUUGAAUUACGACAAAAUGAAGAAAUUCCUCCAGAAUAAGAAAGGGAGGUACUCCUUACGGCAGAACAAGUCGGGUCCUCGCUAUCCGCCCAAAGAUUUUUUCCUCACCAUGCCAGCGUCCAACCAGGGCUGGCCAGAGGAGUUUGGCUUUCAGAUAGGGGGGAAUGGGCCCAGCUACAUCCUGACCGUGGAGGAGGGAAGCAGUGCUCAUCUGUCUGGACUGCAACCUGGAGACCAGGUCUUGGAGAUUGAGGGGCAGAAUGUUUCCAGUCUUAGUGCUCAAGAGGUCAUCGCCCUUGCCCAAUCACAACGAAACAUCCCGCCCAGUAUUGGAGUAGUUUCACGCAUCCAGCAGAUGGAUAUCAUUCCAGGCCCUGAUGGUCGCUUUGGUUUCACUAUCGUGGGAGACUGCCCCCUGCUGGUGGAGGAUUGCUCCACCUGCUCCCCAGCGGGUCGUAGUGGUCUCAGAGCUGGAGAUUAUGUCAUGGAGGUGAAUGGGAUCCCAGUGAAGCACCAUGAGAUGGCAGCCGCUUUGAUAAAGGCCUCUCAGGGCCGCACUCUGCGUCUUGGGGUGCUGUGCACGGGCAGUCGUCAGAAACACAGCAGCGGGAGUCUAGAGGGCUCUCAGAACGACACGGAUGGCAUGCGUCAAGACCGCAAACACAAGGCUCUGGAGUUCAAUAGGAGGGUUGAGGAGAUUUUGAGGAACGAACCAGAGGUGAAAGAGAAACUGUUUGCUGUACUGAAACAGUUUGCUGCUGAGAGGAAGGUGGACUGGCUUGCUUCUGCUCUUCCUGACAUCUUGACAACUGAAGAGCAGCAACAGCUCAUCUCAAACAUCAGGAUCUUCAUUCCCAAGAAGCAUCGGCAGCGCUUUGACGAGGCAGUUUCUCAGAGUCUCCUCAACCGCAUGUGCCGUAGCAAGAGCCUGGGUGAGCCCCAAAACAGGCUCCGCCGAAGCCGAAGUCAAGACCACCACGAGCGUCCUCAAGGCUCAAAACGGGCCAGUUCUGUGCCCAGAGAUACAGGCGAUGACCCGGCCCAACCCGAGCGUGGCCUUAGGAAAAGCACCACCAUGAUUCCCAGCCACUAUGCCACUGGAGCCAACCAGAGAACCAUCCGUGUGUACAGGGGUAAGAAGAGUUUUGGGUUUACUCUGAGAGGUCAUGCUCCAGUGUGGAUCGACUCAGUAAUGCCAGGUAGUCCAGCCGAGGCGUGUGACCUUAAACCAGGAGACCGCAUAUUGUUCCUCAAUGGCCUAGACAUGAGGAACUGCUCCCAUGAGAAGGUGGUGUCCAUGCUGCAGGGCAGUGGCGCCAUGCCCACUCUAGUGGUGGAAGAGGGCCCUGUAGACUAUCCGCUCUCAGAUUCAGAGCCAGAGGAGACCCCCACCAUCCCCCGCUCGCGUUCCCCGGCCCUCAGCUCCCUGCAGUGGGUAGCUGAGAUCCUGCCUCCCAGCAUCCGCGUGCACGGCCGUACCUUCAGCCAGCAACUUCAACACCUCCUCACCCUACAAGAAAGAUAUACCAUUUGCAAAGCUCUGGAGACCUUCUUCCAGCACAGGAAUGUGGACACACUCAUUGUAGAUGUGUUUCCAGUGCUGGACACUCCAGCCAAGCAGCUGAUUUGGCAGUUCAUUUACCAGCUGCUGACCUACGAGGAACAGGAACACUGCAAGAGCAAGAUCGCCCGCUUCCUGGGCUUCAAGAGUGCAGAACCAGAGGUAGGUCCAGAAACCCACAGACGGAGCAGCUCCAUGCGAGUGUCAGGUACCUCUCACAAAAACACUGUGAGAGAGAGAAGCUCAGACGACUGCAUUAUCGGCACUCACCUGGGAAUGGGAACAUUCACUGACCCUGUGACUCCAGAGGAAAGACAGUGUGGGGAUGGGACUUCCUUCCCAGAGUCCCCAGAUCUCAGCCACAUGUCAGGAGUGUACACGGAGCUUGAGAACGUGUAUCCCAGGAAAAGCAACCAGUCUCUCCAGAGUCACUCCUCACCCAGGGCUGUCGGCAUGGGCCACGCUGAGAACAAUACAUACACUCAGUCUUUCACACACAGUAACACAGGGAACCGUAAGUCAGGCCUCUCUCUUUCAUGGACUGAAUCUUUUCCUGGCCCUCAGUUCGAGCCUUACCAGCAGACUGUUCCUUCUCCAGACAGUGUGGACUCUAAUCCUUAUGUUAGUUUUGACAGCCCCCCAGCCUCCCCCUUGCCUUCUGAUGAGCCCAGUCCUCUGCCCCAGCGCAGGAAGCUGUUUACCUUCUCACGGCCACCUCGCAGCCGAGACACUGACAAGUUCCUGGAUGCUCUGAGCGAGCAGUUGGGCCACAGGGUCAAUAUCGUGGAUGACUUUAAAGGAGGGGAGAAUGACUAUGAGGAGGUUUGUGCCAGACACAGCCAAUUAAAUGUCACAAAAAUAUUAUCGUUGCACAAGGUGCUGCCCACCCGUGAGGAGUUCAGGGCCCAGCACACCCAUCCUCGACGCUCCUCUCCCCAGCCCAGCGCUCAAUCCGUUCUGCAGCUGCACCAACCAAAGGCUCACCCCAUCCUACAAUCAACCCCGCACACCUCCCCUCAACCCCCACACGCAACCACACAGCACACUCACCUGCGGCAUCCCACCCAGUCAGUCUACCAGAGCAGGCAGACCUCUGCUUCCAGAACCUCCCCUAACCUGACCAAACAAAAGAGCCUCCAUUCCCAACAAAGCUAUGAAGGCACACUCUCAACCAAGGUUCCCCCACCACCGCCACCUCCUUUACCCCCACCUUGUGGUCCUCCACCUUUGCCCAAAGCCAGCCCGAAAGCCUCUGACAACAACCACAUGAGCGUUAAAAGACUGCGCUGGCAGCAGGUGGAGAACUCUGAAGGAACUAUCUGGGGACAGCUUGGAGAUGAUCCUGACUAUCAUAAACUCAGUGACAUGGUCAAGUACCUGGAUCUGGAUCUGUACUUCGGCACACAGAGGAAUUCCAUCUCUCUUCCAGAGCCCACUUUCCUGCCCGAAAACUUUAAAAAGAAAGACGUGGUUGAGAUUCUCUCCCAUAAAAAGGCCUACAACGCUUCUAUCCUCAUAGCGCAUCUGAAGCUGUCCCCGAAGGAACUGCGAGAAAUUCUCAUGACCAUGAGCACCGAGCGUCUGGAACCCGCACACAUUAAACAACUGUUGCUUUACGCUCCCGACGACGAGGAGGAAAAACGGUUUCAGCAUUAUGACCAGGACCCUGUCAAGCUCAGUGAGCCCGACAAGUUUGUCCUACAGAUGCUACUAGUUCCUGAGUAUAAAACCAGAUUGAGGAGUCUUCUUUUUAAGACCACCGUGCAGGAGAAAACAGAAGAAAUGAGAGGCGCAUAUGAAUGCAUAUACAAAGCCUCAUUAGAGCUUAAAAACAGCAAGAGGUUGGCCAAGAUCCUGGAGUUUGUUUUAGCAAUGGGAAAUUAUCUGAAUAAUGGUCAACCCAAGACGAAUAAAACAACAGGAUUCAAAAUUAAUUUUCUUACUGAGCUGAACACAACAAAAACUGUCGAUGGAAAGUCAACUUUCCUCCAUAUUCUUGCCAAAUCAUUAUGCCAACACUUCCCAGAACUCCUCAACUUCGCCAGGGACCUCAUAACAGUGCCACUAGCUGCCAAAGUCAAUCAAAGGACCAUUACUGCUGAGCUCAGUGACCUUCACUCCACCAUCCAGGAAAUAAGAACCGCCUGUGUGAAAAUCCCAGCUACUGCAGAGGAUCGCUUCGCAUCGGUUAUGAGUAGCUUUCUGGAAAACUGUCAUCCAGCUGUGCAGUCCCUAGACUCCUUGCAGCAAAGAGCAAUGGAUGAGUUUCAUAAAGUGGCCUCGUAUUUUGGAGAAGACAGUAAAGCCACGACCACAGAAACCUUCUUUGGCAUCUUUGCUGAAUUUAUCUCCAAAUUUGAGAGAGCACUGAGUGAGACGCAAGGAACAGAAAACCCCAGAAGCCCCCGAAUAGCUUCGCCGCUGGCAUGGUGAAACCAACAGCAUCUGCUGUUUCUAACCCAGAACGCCCAUGUGCCAAUAAAAACAGGGAACUUGAUAGCGUGAAAGGAAACAAACCUUACUUUAAAUGUCUUAGAUUAAUU